AUGGUUAGCACAAAGGAGCUCAUCAAAAUGGCUAGGAAGUGGAACAAGAUAGUUGCCAUUGGAAGGAAAAGAAUUACUUCACCAAGGAGUAAUAACCCAAUGAUGGCUAAUGCAGAUAACUCUAAUAAAUCUUCAGUUGUUGGUAAAGGCUAUUUUGUUGCCUACACGAUGGAUAAGAAGCGUUUUUUGAUUCCUUUGGCAUUUCUCAACAACAGUAUUUUCCAGGCACUCCUCAAGAUGUCGGAAGAGGAGUUCGGGCUGUCGAGCAAUCGGCCUUUAACAUUCCUGUGCGAUUCUGUCAUAAUGAGUUACAUAGUGUUGUUGGUACGACGAGGAUUAGCUAAAGAUUUGGAGAAAGCAGUGGUCAAUUCUAUUACUAGCAAUAGCUGCUCAUCGUGCAGUACAUACUACUGUCAUGGGGCUACAACGAACUGCGGCCCAUGACACUUCCAUGAAGGACAUGCUGAAAAAGAAUCGCUUGUUUGCGGGUUCGGAGCAUA